AUGAUCUUCCAUCUUUUUGGUCUGAUUCUUCAAUCCACUAGGCCAUUUCCAUUUCCGGCGCCUGCCGCUCUAUUACACUGCACUCAGAAGACCAUCUGCACACGUUUGGCAAUGUUUCUGUUGCAGUCACAUUUGAUCUUCCGUUCUCUCACGGAUCGUUGCUUGAUUUUCCUCUGCAACGUCAGAAGUCACAGUUCUAUAUUCGGUCCAUCCAAACUUACUAGCUCUUACCCUUCGGAAAAAGGUAGAAUUGUUCAAGUUUCCAACA